CGUGUUGUCACAAGAUGUUGCACUAACUAAGCCAUUUCCCGGUCUACUAUUAAUCUGGAUUGUAUGACACUGUAGGAGGGGUAAACCUAUCUGGGGGCAUCCCGAACAACAGGAUGUCGCUGCAGUUUACAGUCGGGAACAGGUGGUUUCAAUGUGACGCAGAAACGACUAGUUCAAUUGGCACUGACCGCCCAGGCAACACAUCGAACUUUCCUCGGAUAGCCCUUACACGUAUUGUCACGUGCAUUUUCGGUUUAGUCCGCGAGACAGUGAAUCUGCUCAACUGUUGCAUUAAUCUUGAGGCGUUAAUAUAAUCAGCGGAUUCGCGGAAGUGGUAUACGCUAGAUCAGCACGGAGCUGUCCACGCGGGAGAUGCAAUAUGGACAUGGAAAGCUCGGGGCCACUUGGAUGUUGUCAGUGAGAAGCCAGGGCGCAGCGGCAUGCGAUCCCCCUGAGCGAGACAACGCCCUCCAGAGGUGACAGCAGGCAGGACGGGUGGCAAAAUGCCAGUGCAGGCGGCCCAGUGGACCGAGUUCCUCUCCUGUCCCAUCUGCUACAAUGAGUUUGAUGGCAACUGCCACAAGCCCAUCAGUCUGGGCUGCUCUCACACCGUUUGUAAGACCUGCCUGCACAAGCUGCACCGUAAGGCCUGCCCCUUCGACCAGACGCCCAUCCACACUGACAUCGACAUGCUGCCUGUCAACUGCGCUCUGCUACAGCUGGUGGGAACUCAGGUUGUGGAGACCCACCCUGUGUCUCUGAGCUGUGCCGUGGAGGUGGAGCAUUAUGAAGUGUGCAAGGUGUGUGUGGAGGAGCUGGCUCUCUAUCUCAAACCCAUCAGUGGAGGAAAAGGUGUGGUGACCCUCAGUCCGAGCGCGCUCAGUCGACCCAUGCAGAGGAAGCUGGUGACGCUGGUCAACUGUCAGCUGGUGGAAGAGGAGGGUCGAGUACGGGCGGUGCGGGCAGGCAGGUCGCUAGGGGAACGCACCGUCACCGAGCUCAUCCUCCAGCACCAGAACCCACAGCAGCUCUCUGCUAACCUUUGGGCGGCCGUCAGGGCACGCGGAUGCCAGUUCCUGGGGCCUGCCAUGCAGGAAGAUGCUCUGAAGCUGGUGUUGCUGGCCCUGGAGGAUGGCUCAGCUCUGUCCAGGAAGGUGCUGGUCCUGUUUGUGGUUCAGAAGCUGGAGGCUAGGUUUCCACAAGCCUCUAAGACCUCCAUAGGACAUGUGGUCCAGCUGCUUUACAGGGCCUCCUGCUUUAAGGUGACAAAGCGCGAUGAGGAUUCUUCGCUGAUGCAGCUGAAGGAGGAGUUCCGGACGUAUGAGGCGCUGCGCCGUGAGCAUGAUGGCCAGAUCGUCCACAUCGCCAUGGAGGCAGGUCUCCGUAUCUCACCUGAACAGUGGUCCUCCCUACUCUAUGGAGACCUCAUUCACAAAUCGCACAUGCAGUCGAUCAUCGACAAGCUCCAGUCUCCAGAAUCCUUUGCUAAAAGCGUCCAAGAGCUGACCAUAGUCCUACAGAGAACGGGAGAUCCAGCAAACCUGAACAGCCUCAGACCGCACUUGGAGCUACUGGCUAACAUUGACCACAACCCAGAUGCUGCGUCCCCAUCGUGGGGGGAGCUGGAGAGCGUGAUGCUGGCUGUGAAGGUGGUGGUUCACGGUCUGGUGGAGUUCAUACAGAACUUCAGCAAGAAGAGCCACGAGACCCCACAGCCGCAGCCCAACAGUAAAUAUAAGACCAGCAUGUGCCGAGAUCUCCGGCAGCAGGGCGGCUGUCCCCGGGGAUCCAACUGCACCUUCGCUCACACACAGGACGAGCUGGAGAAGUACAGAAUGCGAAACAAGAAGAUAGGUGGCUUGUGCCGGCCCUUCGCCCUGGCCCAGGCAGGUUCGGGCGGCGGGCUGAGUGCCGCGGGGGUCGACUCGGGAGAGGAGGCUUGCGCUGGCGGGCUGAAGGGCUUAGACGAGGGCAGGUCGGGGUCACUGACUGAAGGGGCCGCGCACCCUCAGCUCAUCCCCAGGGGCGGGGACAUGAUGGAGGAGAUGAAGAGGGAGAGGUGUGCUCCUAACGGAGUCAACGGACCCCCGGGUUCGGGACGCUCCUCGUCUGGUUCCAUGGAACAAAGGACCAUUUCUCCUCCGAAGACACCUGUCAAUCACUCCUCAGCUUCGUCUCCCCAUGGUCCGGGGUCUAGACUUGAAGCCGGCUGUGGUAAUCCCAAGCAGGGCCACUUCCUACCGAGAGGAUCCCCCCACCAGAACCCUCCCCACCAGGCUCAGUCCACUGAGCAGUUCUACCAGGACCAGCGUCCUCCCUACGACGCACCGCCCUACCAGACAGCCAGCAACUACUACAUGCAUCACCACAAACCCUGCGCGGCACGUUUCCUGCGCUCAAGCCACGUCCCGGAGUCCUCCCUGCCUCCCUCCAUGGCCCAGCCCUACUCUGAGCAGCACCCGUCGUUCCCCCCGCCGCGGGAGCGUGGUGGUCCCUCUCCCUACGGCCCCCUCCCAGCCCCCCAGUACGGGCCCCUGGCUCCGGGCCACGGCGGCUACGCCCCCCUGUACGACAGCCGCCGCAUGUGGAGGCCCCAGCUGUACCACCGCGAGGACGCCAGGAGCAACUCCCUUCCUCCAGAGGUGCUCCACUCCUCCGUGUACCAGCCUCCCGUCAGGGAGAGAUACGCCUCCCUGGACAGCGCGUACUACUCCGUGGGGGAGCACAGAGCGGCGCUCCACAGGGACUCUUACGGGCGUGUUCCUCUUGGAUACGAGGAGCUGUUCAGGCGGAAGCAGGAGCAGUGGGCCCACCAUCACCACGGCAACGUGAACAGGCCUUCACAGUCCUCCCCCGUCUUCACCGUAGACUUUGGUGCAGAGCAUGACAGCGGUGGAGGGCAGUGUAUGAACUGUAAGUACCGCGGCGAGGAGAGUCUGGUCCACUACUCUCCCUGGUCCUGUGGUAACAUGAGUACCUGCAUCAGCCCCUUUGAACCGGAGCACCACGACCUGGCGACUCACUCCUGCUCUGAACACUCAGAAGUAGACAGCAGUGAAAGGAAGCGGUGGUUACACACUUUUGAGCCCUACCGUCGGUUGAAAGAUGAGGACCCCAUCAUACCGUUUGGAGAGGGUCCCAUCAUCUCUAAAUGGGGAGCCAUCUCUCGUGCUUCCCGUACAGGGUACCAUACCACCGACCCGGUCCAGGCCACAGCCUGCCAGGGAAGCAACAGCACAACAGCAAUCAACUUCAGAGAUUACAGUCCUCACAUCGGCCACAGUGACUACAGGUGGAGCUCCCGUGGGUCCGACUCUUCCAGCCAUUCUAGUUUCCUAGAAAGCGACCAGUUGGGCGUGUGCGAGCUAGCCGCUCGUCGGCGGUCCUUCAGCGGAGGAGAGAAGGCCGGCGCUGUGGACCUUCUGCAGGCGGAAUACGUCAGGGAUGCCACGGAGAGCGAGCCGGACAGAGACAUUGAGCUGGAGCUGUCUGUGCUGGACAUGGAGGACACUGACAUGCAGGACAGCAGUCAACAGUCUGAGGAGUCCCUUGAGCUAAGGGACCCUCACCUGCUCACACCUCCUUGCAGCGAACCCCAGAGGAGCCAGACAGACAAGCUGUCAGCAGAUAAGAUGGAGGCUCACCUUAUGAAGAAGAUGGCCUUUAGGAAGUCUCUUUCCCCUGGAGGUCUUGUCUCGGGAGGCCUCAGUGUGGGGAAAUUGAUGAUGAGGGCCGGGCCUGCCAGACUGGGGGAUACGGGUCCUGAGAUGCUGCUCAACGGAAGCUGAGAGGGCAGGGACACCCCGCCGCCACGCCCCCUGGGGUCCUGAUUAGGGUUCUUGACCCAAGCGCUGCACAGCUUCUAAACCUGCCAUCACCCCUAAAACCGUAGGGUUGUACAAGGCCUCACCAGCCAUGGUUCAGGUCUCACCCUCCGAAUUUCACCAGUCAGGACACAGGGCACAUGUAGUGUCGUUUCCAUUCUGACAAAGAGAGACUUUUGGUUUAAACACACACACACACACACACGUGCACACGCCAAUAGCCUCCAUCGUAUUUCCUCUUUCGUCACCUUGGCAGGGCCUUUCGAAAUAAAAUGUCCCCUGGUUUUUUUGUGUGCUCUGGGUUUUGAUCAUAAAUCUGCUGUGUGCGCUGAUCGCUCUCCGCUGUCCGACAGGAAGGUGAUUACGGUGUUUAAAACGCUUCUGACGGCAGCCAAUAGUCUCCUGUUUGUUCUACAAUGUUUACAAGAUAACGAAGGUGCUCAGUGCUGUUGGGGGCGAAGGCUAUCAGCAUCUGUUGACAUUGAGCUGAUAACAACCAAGGUACAAUACUAUGUAUCUGGAUUCUGUAGUCAUAGGAAUGAUAGUUGCAUGCUGAAAAUCCCGUGGGAUGAAUCGGAUACUGCUAAUUGAACCGUCUUGCAGGUCGUAAAAGAGGUUAAAACGUGAACACUGUAGCAGCCUUUCAACAUUACUCCCAACGAUUUGCCAUCUUGUCCAGUGUGCAGUGUCAUCGCUGGUCUCAAGCAUUUCACAGAUGAGGUAUGAGACGUUAGAUCAGCUACAUAACGAUGUCAUCGCACACCCAAGCAUGCACAAUGUGGCCUUUCUUUUUUAGAUGUUUGUAAAAUAUACCCUAGUAUUUAGGCUUAGCAAUGGGGUAAAUCCAUGAACAGAUAUCAAGACGUGCGACAAAUAUCAAGACGUUGUGUCUAUCAACAAUCCUAUUUUAAUAUUCAGUGGUUUUUGCACCGUCAUUUGUAGCUAUAGUCUCUGCAACUGCAUUUGAUGAUUGAGUCGUAUUGAUCUGCGGUAUAUGAAAUGGUACGUCCUACUGGCAUUUAUCUGUGCAGAUAUACUGACAAUGUUUCGCUGGUUGUUUCAGCUCUUUUCGGAUCUGUGCAUCAAACUAAUGACUUAUUUCUUAAAUAAACAUAUUGCUUUUGCACAGUUAGUCAUUUAGAAGAAGCUGUUGUCAACAUAAAGCUGUUAUCGACAAUUCAGAAGCACUGUUUACUUUAACAGAGGGUCAGCAAAACACCAGAUAAGUCUUGUGAUCCUUCACUCUUUGUUUUGUUUCUCUUCUGACUUUUUUACAAAUGUGUUUCAUUUUAGUUUUCUUUGAAGCAUUGCUAACUUCUGUGAAGUUGUUUGUCAAAAUAUUUUGUAUCAGGAUCUCUUUUUUGUUGUUGUGGUUUUCAUUUUUUUUUUUAAGAAAUGAAACCAAUUCUCCAGUUUUUUUUGUCUCUAUGUUCGUGGUUUGAGCAGGGUUUUUCCUGCUGGUCAACUGUCAAACCAGUAUGGUCCAUCUUAGUUUCAUGAUCGCUAUUGAUGGUCAUACAUUGGCCCACAAUGGUCAGUGUUAUUUUACUGCAGUUUUGUGCACUGAGCGUUCUGUUAGCUGUCUUCUCCUGCCUGUGGGGGUGAAGAGAUUCGGGUGAUGCUAUGUGUUAACUUCUAGCACUUAGGAAAACUCUCCUAUUUAUAAUAGGGCUUAUUUUUUUAUGGACUGAAUGGAGGCGGAUGGGCCUAGAGAGACAACUUGACCAGUUCAACUUAACCCUUAAGGAUGGCCCUAUACAAUCAUACAGUAUAUUCCCUAUCUGACACUGACCAUCAAUGGUCAGCUCUUAUGCAUUAAUUGCUUACCUAACUUAUUAUUUUUCUAUCCUUGUUCUUGCUUAAUGACUCGGAGUAAAGAGGUUUUCCUAGUGCUAUAUUGUGCACAGUAAAUCAUUUUGGUUGAGGGGGCUCAAACAAUCCUAAAGCAGACAAUGCAGAGGAUGGGGAGUCCAUUAAAGGUUAGGACUUGGUCAAGUUGAAGGCCAGUGUUUUGUUUCAAGGCUGCUCUCUCAAAUGUCUAUAGCCAUCAAGUCAAAACGGUAAACCCGUGGUGAGUGGUGGCCCAGUGGUAACACCCCAGAUCCAUGCACACCUGCACCUCCCACCUGUACAUCCGGAUUCUCUAACCUUCAUCACUAUGUCUCCUUGUCACCUGUCUUCCUGUAAUUCCAACUGUAAACAAAAUGUGAGGAGGAAGCGUGUCCACUGCAAAUAAAAUUGGAAACCUUACGGUUAGGGCUAGGCAUGAGGUCAACAGCAUGGUAAAGGUUAGGUUAAAAGACAAUUAGAAGUAGACACAUUGAAAAUUGGGUGGGUUCAUGACUUCGUGGCUAUAGAAGCUAUUGACAACCCAGUCUCGACAGCCCUCAGGGAGGAGUUCUGUUGCUAAGCUACUGAUCUGAUUGCAUUGUUCGCGCUGAAUUUUAUGAGUGAAGAGAGCUAAUAUUUACAUGAAUAGUCUUAUUUAACGUAUCUUUUCACCACAUAAGUGUUUAAGGAGGGAUUCAUAAUUUUGCUAUAAUGUUUGUCUUCUUUAUGUUUUGAUUCAAUUACAAUUUGUAUUAUAAUCCUGGUGGGGAAGGGGUUGGGUACCAUAGAACAGUAUUUGGAGUUAUGUAGAUAGACAGACAGACAGACAGACAGAUUGAUCGAUAGACAGGCAGACAGACGGACGGACAGACAGACAGACAGACAGACAGACAGACAGACAGACAGACA